CGUCGAACAAACGCUGUUGCUAAGCGAUGCUCGUAAACUUUAACUUAGAAAGACGAUCCCGAAGCUACCCGCAGCUCCAUUCACUUGCGUUCAGUCCAGUUCCAUAGUUUUGUUCCCGUUAUGACCGAGCAGACAGCCGCUGCGGGACAUAAAGUUGGAAAACCGAUGUUGCAUAACUGGGUCGAAGAGAGAGCCAUUGCAGAUCUCCAUACAGAGGACCCAAAGACACACAAGCACAUACAUGGCCACAAGGGGAUUCUCACAAUAGACCUGGAGUCCAAGAUGGAGUCUAUGACUACGCUGAAAGCAGCUUAUGUUGCUCCAAAGAGUCCAGUGGGGAGGUUACAGGGCAUCAGAGGCGAGCUGCUUAAAAAACACACUGCCCAGAUGAUAAGUGAGAAGAUUUAUGCUGAUCUGAACCCACUGACUCCCAAAACGGAGUACUGCACCACAACCCAGAAGGAUUUCUGUGUGGAGGGAUUUGUGCCUCAUAAACCUGAAACAACACGUGUUCAUGACUACAAAACUGACCAGGCCAUCACAUUCUGGAGUGAAAACUGCCAGCGGAUACAGGCCAUCUAGGGGAACAACAAAGCAUUCCCAGGCCAGCCAAGAGAUGUAACCCCACCUGUCCUGGGGGUAUCCCAGAGUCACCUCCUCCUGGUGGCACAUGCCCAGAACAUCUCACCCAGGAGGAAUCCUAAUCAGAUGCUUGAAACACCUCAGCUGGUUUAUUUGAAUGUGGAGGAGUAGUGGCUCUAGUCUGAGUCCGUUACAAAUGGACUGGACUCCUCACCCUACCUCUAAACGAGAGCUCAUGACCAUAGGUCAAGGUGGGACGUAGAAUAGAGGAGGAAAAGAGAACCACAGAGAAGAUUCGUGGAUGUAGUGAAGGACCUGCGGACGGUUGAUGUGACCGAGUAGCAUGCUACAGUAGAGACAGGGUGAGGUGGAGGCAGACGAUCUGCUGUGCUGACCCCUCAAGGAAAAACAUGAAGUACUGCUCACCUCAGCAGGGUGGAUGUAUAAACAUUUUCUUUGCAAAAGGGUCUGGGUAUCAUUGAAUAAUGUUGGUUUCCUAGUACAAAUAAACAUAUAUGAAUAAAUGAAAUAUGAAAAAA